AUGAGCGCUAGCGUGUACGAAUCGACGACUACGGCGGUGAGUGCGUUGCGUACUCUGUCGCAUGACGACGAUGUGGUACUCAUGGAGUCCCUAAUGAGCCCUGUGUUGGACGCUCUGUCUUCCCCUGAGCUCAGGGGAGAGGGCUGGUUGGACACCGCCGUCGUCCCGAGACUGCAUCAGUUGCUUCAACGACCGAUGCGCGGAGGUAAAAGCUCGGACGAAAGCGCGUUCGACCUGCUCUUCAGAGUUUGGCGAUCUGGGCUGACGGAUGCCGAAGGAAAGCCACUUGACAAACCGAUUGAGCCUUUUUCGCGACGGGCCAAGUGGUCGUUGUCCACAUCCGCGUUCGCUCAAUUGGUUGACCAUUUCAAAAUGCGAAAGUUUUUACACGAGAGAGUGUUUAAAGCAUCUCAGAGGGCGAAAGACGUGAUGGAAAGGGAAUUUGUAUCAUGUCGAGCGAGCGGAAAGGUGACGGAGGAGUUGAUGGUUGCUUUCUCAGAGUCAGCGUACGUGCCGAGAUCACAUGAGGUCCUUCCACCGAGCAUUGAAGUGAGCGACAGACUCAAAGAGCUCCCUGUUUCUGGACCUUCCAAGCAGGAACUAUCUCAACCUCAGAGAUUCCUACGAGAGUUGUUGGUAUGCACGGAGUAUGCGGAAGUUGAGAAAAUGCUCAAGUCGAUCCCGAAGGAGGAUGUCUUGGCAACUAUACCCGUCGUCCUUCACUCGAAAGAGUUUGCGUCAAUCAAAACCAUGAUUGUUUCGCACGAAGACUUUGAUUCGAGCGUCGUAGAGCGUGACAUGAUCGCUACGCUGAAUCGUGUAACGUCGAGUGCAAAUGCAAAUGUUUCCUGCCGCACAAUGUUUAAGCUGGCGAGCGAUCUACUUUGGCCAGUCUUGGUCGCACCCGAAUCCACAUAUGAUCGAUUGAUUCACACAGCGAUUGCGCAUUCAUCACAGGCCUCGAUUAUCAUUGGAACUCUGCGACUAGUUCAGAGUAUAGGAAAGGCAAGGCGAAGUCAACACUCUGCUCCAUACUUGCUGACUGCCCUUGCUGAUCUAAUUCGCACAAUCCCGAAUAAUUUGAACAGUGCAAAAGCAAGCGAUGCAAUUGAUUACGUGUGCGACGAACUCUUUUCGAAUUUGGCUGGUAAGGUGCCCAUCUUGGACCCUCGCGAAGGAUUACUGUUCAUAGUGCUCCCCAGGCUCACAUUGGCAUAUCUGGAUGAGCCAGUCAGUGGUCAGCGACACGGUGUCCAUUUCGCUUUGAAUAUUUUGAAACAUAUCAUCACAACGGAGAAGGGAAUUGACGUGAGUUGCGUCGAACAGACUUUCCCUGAGGGAGUCUUGCUUGGACUGGUGCGUGUGAUACAGUGGUGCCAUUCGCGGCGGGCGUUAAUGAUACAAAGUAUGGCGACGACUCUAGCUCGUGAAAUCAGCAAAGCGUUGGCGAAAUCUUUUGCAAAAAAUCCACCCUCAGCUGAAAUAGUGUCAGGUCUCAGGUUUGCGGACGAAUUGGCCGAGAGUCACAUCAAUUGGGACGUGAGGCUUGCGAUAGAGCCUGUGAUGCGUCUCGUUCGCGGCAGUACGUCAUCGCCACCAUCUCCCCCGAUCAGGAACCCGAAUGAUGUAUUCGAGAUCGCCACUAAUAUUUUAAAGCUCUGUCGUGCUGUUUCGAGUGACGAGAUGCUCGUUGAUCUACUGGAAACGCUUCAGAGCUGCCAGAACAGUUUAGAUGAAUUCCAGCAAAGCACGUUGGUUGCGUGCACACUCGUCUUACCGUGUACGACAGUCGCAGAGUUCGAACGCAUAUCAUGCAUCGCUCUUCCGGCACUUUUGCGUUUGAAAGGCAACGAUGUCGACGAAGUUCGCAUGUCUUGCAUGGUUCUGGAUGUGCUGAGUCACAGCAUAAUCUUCACCGUCAGAGAAUGUCCUCAGCGAGUAUUCGCAAUCAGCCGUCACUUCACAAACUUUGCAUCCAAGGUCGUGAGCGAAGCGAAGCAAACGUUUGAUACGGAUGAGCGAUCUCGCUCUGUCGUUCGCACCGUCUUCGCAUCUAUAUUGAAGGUGUUGAGCGCUUUACAUCGAUCCUCAAAAUUUACCGAGAGCCAGUCGUGUGAAGUGUUGCUUUUGUCGAGCGCACUGUUCGUACUACAGGUACUCGCCUCGUCAUCAUCUCACAAAAAGUGGGCGUUAAAUCGCGUGCAAUCUUUACCUAGGAGCUGUGCGUCGAGAAAUCAACUUAAAACCGCAUUGUGCUAG